GCUGCACAAACCAGGUCCGACUGAAGGAGGAGGAGGAGAGGAGGAGGAGGACGGGAAGUGUAGGAGUGGUGGUGGUGGAAGCAUCAUGAAGCCUUUGCCACGCCGGGCACUGAGGGUGCUUCUGGUCUGGGGUUCUUUGUGCAUUUACCUUGCUUUGUCAGAAGACCAUGGCACUGAGGGUCUAAGCUCAACUUCUUUGGUGGACUUCACAACACUGUUCCACCAGGAGUCUCUGGAUUCCAGUGAACAGACCAACUUGGAGGUAUCUGAGCCUGACCUUGUCCCCAGUGCUCUACAAGCCUCACCUGGUUCGGGUUUUGCCAGUGAGGAGAAUGAAGAUUCCAAGAUCCUUCAGUCCCAGUAUUUUUGGGAAGAUGGUGGAGACAAUGAUUCCAGUUUGUAUGUGGGACCAGCAUCAGAUUAUGCUAUCCCACUUGCCUCCCAGAAGGGCUUGCCUAAAGGAAAUGGGACUCAGGCCAAAGACCAUUGGGAAGUGCCCCCUCUUCACCAGUUAUCUGAUUCUAUUGAGCCUGACUCUGAAACACCUUCCACCAGUGCCCUUGAGGAGGAGGAAGGACUGCUUCCUAUAAACCAGUCAAAGGGAGCUCCUCAGAGCAGCCCAGGAUCAAAGGUCACAUCUUCUGAAGCAGCUGGUCAAGACUCAUUAUACUCCAUUCUUUUCUCCACAAUGACUAGCAGGAUGAGGGAAGUGACUGAGGUAACUGAGGUAACUAUAGACAGGCAAGAGGAAGAAGCAUCUCCUGAACAUGCUUCCUCUGGCUUUGACCUCGGGAGCAGCAUGGGACCCAGUCUCUUGCCUGUGUCCUCUAUGUUGUCAGCCACUCCUGAAGAACCCCAGGAUAUCUCGGAGGUCCCAAUCAGGAUUACUUCAGCAAGUCCAGUGGCUACAGUAGGAGCAGGAGGGGGACCAGUGGAGAUCAUAGCAACAAUAGCCACAGAGAGAGCUGAUGUAAGAGAAGUGGAGACCACCACAAGAGGGGAGAAGCUAAAGUCCACAGCAGGAGCUGGAUUGGGGCAAGCAGAUUCCACAGUGGCCACAGAAGCCCCCAGAAUAGCUGAAAUGGAGCAGACAAGGGAAGAUCUAGUAACCACCUCUCAUGAGGAUGGCACCCAAGUAACUGAGAGUGUUUCCAGGAUACCAAGCAGCCCACCAAUCCCCAGCUCUUCAGUGGGGUUCUGGGACUGGACUGAUAAGCCAGCUCCUACUGCUACUCCCAAGCGGAACAGCACAAAGCUGCCAGUCAACGCAACACCUGCAGUGGGACAGAGCUUUGAACCACAGACUGGAGAUACUCGAGGGGCUGUGAGGACCACAGGAGUACCCUGGAAUUUGCCAGAGGUGACCUGUAAAGAUUGGAGCGACUUGGCAGGCAAAAACUACAUAAUCCUGAACAUGUCUGAUAACAUUGACUGUGAGAAGUUCCGCCUGGAGAGGGGCCCCCAGUUGGUGGCCCUGGUGGAUGAAGCUUUCUUCAGGUAUGAGUAUGGAUGGCAGAGCCAGUGGCUGAUCUCCUUAAGCAAACCCAAUGAGAAUGACAAACACCUGCUAAUGACCUUAACAGGAGAGGAUGGGGUGAUCCCAACAAAUGAUGUUCUCCUGGCACUAGGUUACAUGCGGAAGAGCUUAGCUGAGAUUGGAAUCCAGGACUAUACAACCACAUCGAGUUGCCAAUCACGCCCCAGCCAGACCCACAGUGACUAUGGGAAGCUCUUUGUAGUGCUGGUCAUUAUUGGUUCAAUCUGUGUCGUCAUCAUUAUCAUGGGACUGAUUUACAAUUGUUGGCAGAGGCGCCUGCCCAAGAUGAAGAAUAUGUCACAUGGUGAGGAGCUGCGUUUUGUUGAAAAUGGUUGCCAUGACAAUCCCACCUUGGAUGUAGCCAGCGACAGCCAAUCAGAAAUGCAGGAGAAGAAGCCAAGUGUGAAUGGUGGUGGAGCUGUUAAUGGACCUGAGAGCUGGGAUGUCCUCAUUAACAAGCGGGUGGGUGAAGAGGGAGAUGUGUUUGAAGAAGAUACGCACCUUUAAAAGAGGAGACAAUUCAUGUUUCUGACUGUACUCUUGCUUGACUUAAGGGCCAUAUGGUGAGGGUGGCUCCUCAGGAGCUUCUUUCCAGGCUGCAAAUGAAUCUGCCCAUCAUGGUCCUGAGGCACCAUCACAGUCCUGGAGCCAGAAGGGCCACCCUGAGUAGAGGGGGGUGGGGGUGGGUGGGAGUUGGGGCGUGAUUGUGUGUUGCUGUCAGUAGCGCCAAUGCUUUAAUCACUUUUAAAUGCACUUGCUCUAGUUUUUUGGUAGCAGUUGAGGAUGGUCAAGGUUUGGAAAAUAAAAAGCAUCACAGCUUAGGAUUGCCCCAGAGUGGUGUUUAUUGGAUGAUGGAGACAUCAUGGAGGCAGUAAGCCAGCUUCACACAGGAAGAGCUGGGUUCACAGUCUGCCUCAUAAGAUAGAUGCAGCAGGAGAAACACUGAGGAAAACUGUGCAUAUUUUUCUUGUCUAGGCUUGGGAUGUAGUGUUGUAGGACAGUUUAGCAAUUUGCCAUUCACUCUGUUAUCCAGGAUGAGUAACAGUUCUGUCUAGUGAGUAGCUUGCCAUACUUUCAGCUCAAGCUGUCAGUCAUGUUGUACUUAAGUACAAAUGGUUGGGCUAAUGGGUUUUUUGUGAGCUGAUCAUUUUUUUAAACUUCUCUGAAAGGUUAUGUUUAGGCAGAGCAAAUGAAUUCUGCACAGGGAUCAAAUGUUCCCUAGCUUUAGGUUCUAACAGAAUAGAUUGUAUUAUCACCUUACUUUACUACAAUCUUUUGCAAUACACACUUAUUUUAUGAAUCCAAAAUUUGUCAUGGAAACUGCAGAACUUGAUUUGGCCGAGCACUAAUCUAGCUUGAUCUGGUUGGUCUGACUUCAGAAAAUUAUUCCCAAUAUAGACUGAAUCCCUACUAUUGCCUCAACAAGACUCCUGGACUGGCAUUUGAGAGAGACUAGCUAAAAGCGUUUUCUCAGGCUGGGAAGUCUCUCUCACAUUAGUUAAUGCAUUUAUGGUAACAACUUAGCUGAUUACUGCCUCUGGUCUUAUUUGUUUGAACUUGAAUGAAAGAGAUGAAAAACCUAAAUUCCUCUUCUGUAUCUUUGGAAUAAAUUUUGAUUUAGUUUUCCCUGCUGCAUGUGAAGAAUAGAAGAAUGUAACAAUAGGGUUAGCUCAUUAAUACCCUUAAGAUCAGAACUAGACCCAAGAGCUUUCAUAUGAAUACGACUUUGGCAUGCCUUGGGCAAGCCUGAAUGCCCCAGGCUUCUCUGGAAGCUCUUCUUAAAAAGCACUUGCAUAUGCAGAAUUUUAGCUGUCUAUAUUCAAAACUCAUAAUUGGUCUGAACCUUUUUUGUUCCAUUUCUCUCAGAAUGUUAUGCACAUACAAGUACUCCCAUUCCUUGUCUCACUUUGGAAAACAACAGCCAGCCUGCUUUAUUAUUGCCUGUCUAGCUGAACUGAGUUGCCAUUAAUAAUGUUUGGUCUGUAAGAGAACCAUCAUACACACGCACACCAUGUAUAUUUAAUGAGGAUUGGCAAUGAACUUGUAACCGAAAUAUCUUAACAUCUGAUCUGUAGCUCACUCUGAUAACUGAAAUCUGAUCUCCUUCAGACUUAGAGCAAUCUUGUAAGCAGUUUAAUUUCAUACAUAAAUACUGUACAAAUAUCAUAGCAAAAUACUGCUAACGCCUUUUUUAAAAAGUACAUAUGUACAAGAUAAAGUUAAUAAUAACCAUACUUCUCUAGCUAAAGUCCAACUGGAGUAGUCAGAUUAUGCAAACUUUACAUUUCAGGACUUCCUCCCUUUUGGUGGCCUGUGCCACCUAAGCCAUCUCUAACUGGAGCUUAUCUAUCCUGUUUUAAAGACCUUUCACAAUCUCCCUGAUUAAUUUGUUUUAUUGAACGACUUCUUUUCUCCUUCAAUAUGGGGCCCUUCCAUUUUGACCUAUCCAACAGGGAUUUGGAAAGCACUGAGUCACUGUCUUCUUUGCAGUAGUUUUUUAUUUGCUUGCAUUAAAAAAAAAAACCUACAUUCCAUUUCCAUUACCCUGUCAACCUCCCUAAAUUUAUCUUUCCUUUUUCCAUUGGGCUAUUCUUUGCUCCCUGUCCAAGUUGUGUUACAGAAUGUCUGUCUGUGUGCUACUCUGCAGCCAGCUGCCUUCUACCCUCGGGGCAAAAUAUAGCUGGUUUGAAAAUAGCACAGUUCUCCAUUAACCAUGGAGGUAGAUUGUGCAGUUAAGUGAAGGGGUAGAAUUAUUUUGCAUGUACAUCCUUUGUGUAUGCAGGUAUAAUCUGUAGUUCUUUUACAAUAAAGAAUAUACUCAGUGCAUUUUGGUUUCACAUAUUAAGAGCAAGCAGCCACAAAAAUCUUGUGAAUGGAUCAAGAAGCUCUAGGCUGGUAGUGGAUGUUAAGGAUGAGGCAAAGCAGGACAAAAUCCCCUUAAAUCGUAUGAUAUGUCGGAUUGGCGGCGUUAUAUUGCAAUUUUGCUCUUUCCUUUUUGUGUAGUACUCAGCCUAUAAUCAACCUGUGACUUUUUCUUCUUAGUUUUAGAAACAGCAGGGGAGUCAGCAUAAGGGGUGAAUAGGUGCCAUAUAAGUUACACUGGAAUUAGGAUCAUUUAAGGCUUGAAUAAGAUAGAGGCUGUGGAAAUUAACUAUACCUCUAUAGCUACAACUGCUAACACCUAGCUGAUUGCGGCGAAGGUAUCCUCCCUCAACUCGCAUUUGGGCUUUGCAUUUCUGGCACUUCAUUCUUCCUGGGAUAGUCUUCUGCCAUCACACACACACACCCAUUUUCCAUUCAUCCUCUUUCCUACUCUGGUCCUAUGGCUGGCAUAGUUUAAAUCUGGAUUUAUUAAAUCUAUAUUAAAUCUGGAUUUAGUUCUUAGAUAUUUUUAACUUUCUUGCUCUAUCCACUUUUAGGAUCAGUCUCAAAUAAUUUGCCCAAUUUAUUUAUAUCAAGCUGGAAUCCCACUGACCUGCACCUGCUUUCAUGUCUCAUGGAAUUCUCCUUCUGUUAUAGUGUUUAGAAAAUGAGUUCCUCUCACAGCCACCAGCUGAACAUGUUUAGUGCAGGGGAGGGCCAACCAUAUAUCUUCUUGAAGCCUCUUUGUCCACAUAGUAAUUGUAUACAUGAUUGAAAUGUUGGGCCAGUGUACACCACAUGGCCAGUACAUGGAAUUUGCUUUAAAUUGCUCCCCAUAGUGAUUUGUGCUGUGGAUUAGGAAUGCUUCUCCAUGCCGCCACACACCUUUGUCUAUAUGCUUCAAUCUGUGCGUCAGCCUGCUGCAUGUGAACAGCUUGGCAAGUGAAGACAGUUCCUGCAGGGAGUAAUUUAGUGCCCUUCAUGUGGCUGCCAUUCCAUAUACACUGGACCCAAGUAGCUUCUUUAUAGUAAGCUUAGGUUCUGGCUGAUUGAUUCAGAACUUUCUUGUUACUAUUCAUAAACAGCAAUACAGUGCUUACAAUUUUUUUUAAGGUAGUGGUUGAUAAACCAUCUCUGCAGUCAUGAACAUGCUAUAUUAAUUUGGAUUUAAAUGGUGUUGCGUAAAAUAACUUAUUUGCUACAGAGAGAUUCUCUACCUCACUCUUUUACACUUCAACCAUUCAUAGAGGUGGCAGAGGGAGAGGAGAAGGCCCUUAAAAUAAUCUAGAGCUUAAGUACGACACAAAUGGAACAUCAUGUAGAAAAGCUGACAACUUUCAGUUGAGGUCCUUAUAUUAGGUCCCCUAGUUCAUAGGUGAAUUUCUUUAAUAUGAAAAAUGAUUUGGCUGCCAUCCCAGUACACUUAUUCUGAUUAGUAAUCAUGUGAAAAAAGUAUCACAUGGAGAUGUCUCCUAGUUAUUCAUCAGUGGUUAAAUGCUGUUUUAAAUGCGACAAGCUACUUAGCCACAAAAUGGAUUUUUAAAAAUUGACCACAUGGGGGCUGUUCACAAGAAAGGUGCUUUAUUAUGGAAAAGUCGCCAGUUCUGAUUUCUUAACUGUCAUGCAGGAUGAUGUCUGUGCACAUUCUUGUCCUUCUCUGGAGGUAGACAAAUGAAAGGGAAUGAGAAGGACUUGAUUGGUCUACAGCACCUAAUAAGCAUUCCUCCAGAAAUGUCUUGGGGAAAAUAAUAUGAUGUCUUUAGUGGAUAGUGGACAUUGGAUACAGUCAAAUCCAGGUUGCUUCACAAGUUCUGUUUUGAUUACUAACUAAUUGAAUGAAAAUUCAGGUAAAACGUUGAUAGGAAUCUGUUGCAUUGGCAUUAUCUUUCUUUAGUUCUAUAUAUUUGUCUUUGGCUUUAAUUUCACCCCAUAAGACUUAGGGCUGAGUUUGUCUUAAAAUUAUCAACCUACAAGGAAAGGACUGGAGGACUACUUUAUUUCCCCUUCAGUGAGGUAAGUUUGUGGUCAUCUUUGCCAUGCAUGUUGAACCACACUGACCUCUGGUGGUGGCUGAGAAAAACCAAUUCAAUGAAAAACUAAAAAUAGUUUUUCUUGUCUGUCACUCUCCCUCCCCAGAUGAGUUAACCCACAGUUAACAACCAAUUAUUUACAUUUACAAUAACCAAAAAUCUACAUUUCUUUUGUGUUUUGCAUCUGCUAAAGACACUUGCAGAGAGAGAGAGAGAGAGAAAGAAAAUAACAAAGCAAAGGAAGUACAGUUGUCUGCUAAUGUUAGUAUGUUUAUAGGGGAAAGAACUAUUAUGUUUAGGAGUUACUGUCUCCUAAGUUUUCUCAUGUGAAAACUAGGUUCAUACCUGAGUGGUGGUCCCUGGCAAGUUGCAUCGGAACAGUGAAGUGUGAGAAUUUCUCAUAGGAAGCUUUUGUAAUGAAAACUAUGAAGGAAGAAAAGGCUCAGUUUAGUGCAAAUGGAUUUAAAAUGCCUGCAGAAUAACACUUCCAGAGGAUAUCUAGAAAUUAAACUUGUGAGUACGGUGAUGAUUUGGGAUGUUUAGUCAAAUGGCUGAAAAAGCAGCCUUGAAACCAUAAUAGAAUAUUUUUGGUUGCAUCACUGAUUGUAUGGAAAGUAGGGGAAAGGCAGCAUUGCUGAAUAAUACUACCAAUACAUUUUAGCUUCUUUUGUUGAUUCAUAAGUAUGUGAACUUUUAAGCAAUACAGAAUUUUCUGUAGAGAAGAGGCGGAAAACUUGCUGGACCUUUAAAUAGUUCCUGAUUUAACAGAAUGCCUAACUAGAACACCAUGCUGCAAAGUCCCCCCACCUCCAUUUUUCUGUCAGUUAGUGUUAAGCAGGGAAAGCUGCGAGUCAUUAAUUUCCACCUUCCCCUCCAUCUCUCCCCCACCCCCCAUGCCAUUCAGGUGCUUGAUUAGAUUUAGGGAGAAUAACUGGGAUAUAAGAGUGUGGAUUUUAAACAGUGAGAUAUGGAACACUGAAGUUGACAUCUGUACGUCAAAACAUCUGACCUUUAUUUGUAGUUUUUAAUUUUAUUUUAAUCUACACAAUAAAAAGGUCUGGAGAGAAGAAUUUAUAAAGUUAUAGAAAAAUAAUUAUUUUGUACUCCUUAUUGGAAGGUCUAUUGUGUGGGCUAUUUGUUAGUAACCAGUAUGCCCUCUUCAGAACCAAGAAUUUUGGAGAAAGAGCAAGCAUGUGUUCUUCACAUAGAUUCAGGAGAGCGUUACCUCAGGGAAGAUGGAAAGCUCGCUAUUCCAGUGGACCUAGGGCACAAUCAAAAUUGAUUAAAAUAAUUGGGGUUAUUGUCAUGAUGUACCUCAAAGAGAGAUGGAUUGCAUCCAUACUCUGCUGAUGAUCUACUUUCAACAUUGAUAGGAGUGGCUAGCUGAAGUUAGGUCAUGCUUGGAAUUUAGGGAUAUGACUGAAGAAAACGGAGGGCCAAAUCCAAGUGCCCUUAAAAGUGGCAUGAGUAUGUAAUAGAUUUCUUUACAGUAGAAAACACCUCCUAGAUCAGGGAUUCUCAACGUGUGGGUCCCCAGAUGUAAUUGGACUUCAGCUCCCAUAAUUCCCAACCAAAGGCUGCUGGGGCUGGGGAUUAUGGGAGUUGAAGUCCAAUAACAUCUGGGGACCCACACGUUGAGAAACCCUGUAAGAUGUUUAAAUACUUUCUCAAGGGUGUGAUCCUUUGCCUGAUUAUGUCUACUGGACUCUCCUAUCGUCUUGCUUACUCUCUUUUAAAAAGACAUUCCAGUGACUUCACUGAAGAUUCAAAGUGAAUUAUGACAUUCUGUACUUCUCAGUGCCUACUAGAUCAUCUCUACAUAUUGAAAUCCAAUCUUCAAUGCCACUCUCUGGUCCUUGAAAUCCUCUUUUCUUGUAGCUGUAACUUAUAUUAAACAAGGAGCUUCUCCUUUGUAGAAGCCAUUGAUCACUGGGUACUAGUAACAUUAACAGCAACUGUCUUUUCCAGUCUUUCCUUGCAUUUGAUCAUUUUCUGUAAACACUUGCUUUGUGAAGUAGUUAAAUGAUGUGAGCAAAUAUUUAUAAUGAACAGCCAGAGUAAAAUCAGGAUAUGGCUCAGUACAGGAUAGGUUUACAAACUGCCAUAGUGAGUCUCUGUUCUGGAGUCAAGCCUCUCCUACAGAAUAUCAUCCAUGAAGAAGCAGCUUUGGUGUGUACCUAAUUUGCUACAUAGGUAAUAACACUAGCAUGUAGGAAAUUCCAUACAAAGCCCCAAUUGUCACCAACAGCAGCUAAGGUAGUAAAUCUGUUUGGACAGUACUACUUUUGGCUGCAGACAGGAACUCCUGUGAUGGAAUACAUCCCAAAGGGGUGGGGGGGAGCUAGACCCAGAAAACUAGAUGUCAGGGAAGAUACUAGCCUAGCCUACAACUGACAUGUAAUUUUCUGUGUGCAGGGAUAUAUAGUAUAUUCACUGAGCUUUCAAAAAUGUGAGCCUGCCUGUUGUCUAAAGUUGAGGUGCAGGUUUAUCACCACAGUAGCGAAAACUAGGCCUCUGUGUUAGAUCAUCAUGGGUAAUCCUAUGACUCGUCUACAUUGCAUAAAAUUCCUUACACAGAAGUCUCUUCCUGUAGAAAAUUGGCGAUAUUGAAAGCAGCUUUCACUUGCACAUAGGAAAAAGCAUGAACCAUGUUGUAUAGAAGUGCACUCACAUCUCUCCUGCCAUGUGUAAGCUAGGAAAACUAUGGCCAAGAUCAGCUUCUUGCAGAUCUUCAUGUACGUGCAGUGAAAAAGAAAGGUGUCCUUUUAAAACAGUACAGGUAUUGUAGACAUUUUUUUUUCUUGCAUUCAAGUAAUGACAUGUAUGAAGUGGCCUUAACUGUUACUCAAGAGAGAAAAAGGGAAACAGUACACCCACCGACACUCAGUCUUGUUCCUAGUUUGGGGAUGACAACUGACAGGAAAAAGGAGAAAACCAGGACAUAGAUUGCAGUAUGUUUUAAUGUUCUGGGAUGGGGAAAGGCCCUAAGGAAACACAUCCUUGCAAAAACAAAAGUACACAUAGAUUUGUAGCUUAUUGCCUACAAGGAAGAUAUAUUAGGAAGAUUUCAGAAGGAUUUGAUAAUUGUCAGCACUGUCCUAUUUGGGCUGCCUUAGACUUUCAGAUGUAUUGGCUUAGAAAAUGUACACUUUACUUAAUUUAGCAUUUGGUGAAGAAAACUCUGAUUGUCCCAGCUAGAGAGCUUGCAUGGAUUCUCACACAGAUAUCUGUUGGCAAGAUCAGCCUUGGACAUUGGCUUUCUGUGGAUCUCUGAUUAACUUGAAUCAUAUAUAUGUGUAUAUGUAUACACACACACCAUGUGUUUUUCUUUCUGAGAAAUACUGAUCUAGAAGAAUAUACUAUUCUAGUCCUUUUAUUUUAUGUUCAUGGUAUGCUCUAAUACCAUUGUUAACCUCACCAUCCUGGCUCCUAGACUUCUGCAUUGCAUUGAGAGCAGGGAUGGGGUGAAGUGUAUAUUCAAACUAUUGCAGUGAUUCCCAGAUGGUGGGUUCUGAUCCAUCAGUGUAUCUGGAUAGCAUCUUUUGGUGAGUUUUUAAAAGAUUGCCCACAGAAAACUGAAGAGUGUGUGCACAAGAGACUGGGAAGCAACUCAUAAAACUGAAAGUAAAUGUGAUUGGAUGAUCCUGUUAUAAAUAUUUAAUUGGAAAGCAUGAUUACUUUUCUUCUUGUCCUCACAUCUUAUGUUUCUAAGCAGUCUGACAGUGUUAGUCCUCAUUUGGAAAGUAUCCUUAAUAUGCAUAGCCAGGAUUCUUUUCUUAAAGAAAGUCUUAAAUACUGCAAAAGGUGAUUAUUUUAUUUUCUGUCAUUUUACUUGCCAGCAUAUGUUCCCUAGACAUCAGUGGCACUUUUUGAAAUAAAGUUUCUGGUCAAAACCCAGAA